AUGCACAAUCACGAAACCAUCGAAGAACCACGACCUCUGUUGGCAGAGCAGCCAACAACGGACCAGGAGCCAGAUCAAGAUGGCAGUACUGCAGUCUAUUGGCGUCCUGCCAUCUUUUGCACGUUGAUAUAUCUUCUCAUGGGCAUUGGCUACUUUGUAAGUGCCGCACCGCAACUGCGUCUGUUUGAGUCGAUCAUCUGCCAGCAGUACUAUAAAGACUCCGACGCCUUUUCGGCAGGGAAAGGGAAUGGCAUCCCGGAACAUCUCUGCAAGGAUGGCCCCGUUCAGGCAGCUCUGGCGCAGUUGCUCGGAUGGCAAUCCUUUUUCGAUAACAUUCCUGGACUCUUCCUCGCCUUACCUUACGGCAUUCUGGCCGACAGAUACGGACGGCGGCUGGUCAUGACCUUGAGUUUUGUUGGCCAAUUCGCGGGCAUGUCAUGGGUAAUGGUCGUUUGCUGGCUAGGCUUGCCGAUCCGAGCUAUAUGGUUGUCGUCGGCGUUUCUGAUUAUCGGGGGCGGAAGCAAUGUAGCCGCCUCGAUAUUUAUGUAUUUCAAUGCGGCCGUGAUUAUAGCUGAAAUCAUCUCGCCGCCUAUCGGCUCGUUCCUGAUGCAGCGGAGCUUAUGGGUUCCGCUACUGUUGAACUCCGCUUGCGGUGCUGUCUCCAUCCUGCUCUCCUGGUACAUGCCCGAGACUAAUCCCCAUGCUGCCGCGGGAUACAAGAAUGAUUAUACUGGAAUCUCAACCUCGUCCGACGACGAGCAACUUCCGUGUUCCCCAGCAAUCGAAGGAAAUGGUAGCCUUGAGGGCCUGUUGGUUAGCCUGAAGGACAGCAUGUAUGCCAUUAUGACCCAAAAGAAUGUCUUGCUCCUUGUGCUUUCCUUUCUGAUUGCAACAUUUGCGCGGGAUUCCAUGGCCUUUCUCCUGCAGUAUGUCUCCAACCGCUAUUCGUGGUCGAUCGCAAAGACCAGCUGGCUUCUGUCGUUUCGUGCCGCAGCCCAGUUACUACAGUUCAUGAUAAUUUUACCGUGGAUUGAUCGCAGAAUGGGCAGGCGCUUUGAGGGACGGCCCCGGGAGAAAGACCUCUACCUUUCCCGGAUCAGUAUCGGGGCCAUCACUAUAGGAUUUGCCAUCAUGGGUAUUGCACCUGUAGUUGAAGUUUCUGUGAGAUUAUACCUCGGCUAA